AUGGGCUCCCGGUUUCAAGUUGUAGAACAAGGCCCUCCUAUCGAAGUUUUUCAAUUGAAUAAGGCUUUCACUGAGGAUUCUUAUAAAAAUAAAGUCAAUCUUAGCGUUGGAGCCUACAGAGAUGAGAAUGGCAAGCCCUGGGUUCUGCCAGUUGUUCGGAAAAUGGAGAAACAAAUGGCAGAAGAUGAAUCUCUAUUACAUGAAUACCUGCCUGUACUUGGACUCGACGCUUUCACUGAGGCUUCCGUCUCUAUGCUGCUUGGAAAAGACAACCCUGCCAUAGCUGAGGGCCGUGCAUUCGGUGUCCAAACUCUGUCUGGAACAGGCGGUCUUCGUGUCGGAGCUGAACUCCUCAACAAGCACCUGAAGUACGAUACGUUCUACUACUCGAAUCCUACUUGGGAAAACCAUCACUUAGUGUUCGUAAACUCUGGCUUCACGAAUCCAAGGACGUAUCGCUACUGGGACGAGAAGACUCUCUCUAUAGACUUCGACGGUCUCAUUGAGGAUCUGAAGAACGCUCCGGAGAAUUCCGUCAUACUAUUACACGCGUGCGCACACAACCCUACGGGCAUUGACCCCAGCCAUGAACAGUGGGAGAAGAUCGCUGACGUCAUGGAGGAGAGGAAGUUGUUCCCGUUCUUCGACAGCGCGUACCAGGGCUUCGCGUCCGGAGACCUUGACCGUGACGCGUGGGCCGUGAGGUACUUCGUUAAGAGAGGCUUCGAGCUGGUCUGCGCACAGUCGUACGCUAAGAACUUCGGAUUAUACAACGAGCGUGUCGGUAACCUGACGGUCGUGUUGUCUGAGUCCAGUCACGUGGCGCCGCUCAAGUCACAGCUGACGUGGAUCGUGCGAGGGAUGUACUCCAACCCUCCGGCGCACGGGGCGAGAGUUGUCGCUCAGGUGUUGCGGAACGAUGCGCUCUUUGAUCUGUGGAGAGAUCACAUCAAGUUCAUGUCGUCGAGGGUGAUGCAGAUGAGAGAAGCUCUAAGGGCGGAACUAAUUAAGUUGGGCACCCCUGGCAACUGGGACCACAUAGUCAAACAGAUCGGUCUGUUCUCAUACACGGGUCUGAGCCGUCGUCAAUCUGAGCAUCUGAUUCAAGAACACCACAUCUAUCUAUUAAGGACUGGUCGUAUUAACAUCUGCGGCCUGAACCCCUCCAACGUGCAGUACGUCGCACGCGCCAUCAACGACGCCAUCACCAAGUUCCCUACAGACUAG